CAAAGAAGAGGCUUCUGCAGAACCAAGAGCAUCGAUAUAUCAGUUGUUAAGCAAGAGUGACAAGAAGUUCAAGAUAUCGACAUAUAAAAGACAUAAACAGACCCAGCUGACCGAGGUGGUGUUGAGUGCAGAAGAGAUGCGUUCGUCUAUGGUCACAUACAAACACUAUGCAUCAAGCACAUUCAACAUCAAAAAAUACUUGCUUCGCUCCCUUCAAGCAUCAACGAGGCAGUGUGACUACAUAGACAGAAACAAGAUGAAACAAGUACAGAAACACUAACGCUGCCUGACUGGGGAAGCCAGCUGCAAGUGGGCGUGUAUUAGAAGAGGAAGACCCCCCAAUCAUGGGGUCCCCGGAUUGCCUUGGGGUCUCCCCUGGCAACAUACGCGCACACAUGACUUUUCAGCUUUCACGAUUCAGGAGCGUGAGAAACGCCUCAGAAACAUCAUGGCAUCAGCUGAAGGGCGAGCUCAAGAAAUACUUGCGCAGCAUGGUGGCAAUGCUUCUGCCCAAAAAGCUAUUCUGAAUCUUCGACACCAACUGGUUGAGGAGGCGCACAAUGUGAUGUACCCCUCAAUUUCGCGUGAGGAGCUACAGCAAAGGCGGCAGACCUUUGGGAAUGUCAAGUGGACAGAAGAUGCGAUGCAGCGUCUUUGCAGCUUCUCGCCACUGGUUGAGGUUGGAGCAGGUGAAGGCCAGUGGCAAGCAGAACUCCGGCGACGUGGGGCAGAUGUCAUUGCGUUUGACAAUCACUCCAGCCCUAGUCGCUUUGGAGAGGAAGCAUCUUCCAGGAUUAUGGUACCUGGUGCAGAAGUGCAGCGAGCAGAUGCGGAGGCAGCCAUGUCUGGGAGUGUCGGACGGACACUUUUGCUGGUAUAUCCUCCACCUGGAGACAUGGCGUCAAGGUGCCUGUCCGCUUACGGCGGAGAGACGUUGAUCUACGUGGGAGAAGGUCGAGGAGGUGUGAAUGCUAACAAUCACUUCUUCGAUCUUCUCAGCCAUGAGUGGACAUUGGAGGAAUCCUUGAGCUUGGAAACUCUACCCUGGAGUUACGAAAGCGUCUAUGUGCUCAAGCGCGCACACAGCUCAAAGGCAUAGCUGUUUGCCGUUACUCAAAAAGUAGCGGAGAGACGAGAAGAACACACAGCAUCUGUGUGAAGAUAUUUGGGCCUAGGCAAACCACAAAUGAUGCCUUCUCGCCGUCCUUCUUUGGCCGCGUCCAGUUCUAGCUUUUGCCUUUGCUCAGUGCCUUGCAUUACCCAGAGCCAUGUGGCUCUGAGUCUCAGAGGCAGCUAGGACCUAGG